GGAAGGUCCAACAUGGCGGCGCCAGCCACUUGCGCCUCUGGCGCAUCGAGUACCCGGUCUGUGGCAGCCGCAGCGGGCAAGGGCAGCGUCACCAGCUUCCAGAGGAAGGGUCCCAAAGCCUGUGGGAUCGACGGCAGCAGCCCUCGACUGCUGUCCAUUACGGGCACGCGACCGUCGGUGCGGAAUGGACAACUGCUGGUGUCCACCGGGCUGCCAGCCCUGGACCAGCUCUUAGGUGGAGGUUUAGCUGUUGGAACAGUUCUUCUGAUUGAAGAAGAUAAACACAAUAUUUAUUCACCAUUGCUCUUCAAGUAUUUCCUGGCAGAGGGAAUUGUCAGUGGACAUACUCUGUUAAUUGCAUCUGCUAACGAAAACCCUGCUGAAAUUUUAAAGGGACUCCCUGCACCAUUACUUGAUGAAAAGGAUAAAAAAGAGUUUGAUGAAGAUGUAUGUAAUCAUAAAACACCAGAAGCUAAUACGCCCAUGAAAAUAGCCUGGCGUUACCAGUUAUUACCCAAGGUGGAGCAGGUUGGUCCAGUAUCAUCUUCAAGAUUUGGUCACUAUUAUGAUGCAUCAAAGAAGAUCCCUCAAAAACUCCUUGAGGAUUCAAAAUGGCAUGGAUUUUUUCUUCCAGAAAAAUUAUCUUCAACUCUGAACCCAGAAUCCUGUUCUUCAACCCAUGGCUACAUGAAGCUUCUUCAGUUUAUCAAGAACAUCAUUUAUGAGGAAGGAUUUGAUGGAUCUAAUCCCCAGAAAAAACAAAAAAACAUUUUAAGAAUAGGAAUUCAGAAUCUUGGCUCACCCUUAUGGGGAGAUGACAUUUGCUGUAGAGAAAACUGUGACAAAAGUCAUAAUCUUACCAAGUUCCUGUAUGUUCUCCGUGGCCUUCUACGAACUUCUCUGUCAGCCUGUAUCAUCACAGUGCCAACAUACCUUACCAUGAAUAAAGCAGUUAUUGCCCGUGUGACUAAUUUGUCAGAUACAGUAAUUGGCCUGGAAUCUUUUAUCGGUUCUGAGAGAGAAACCAACCCUUUAUAUAAGGAUUAUCAUGGUUUGAUCCAUAUACGGCAGAUUCCUCGGCUUAAUAACUUGACUUGUGAUGAAUCAGCUGUCAAAGACUUAGCUUUUAAGUCAAAGAGGAAGCUCUUCACCAUUGAGCGACUGCAUUUGCCUCCAGACUUGUCAGACACAGUGAGCCGCUCGAGCAAACAGGAUCUGGCAGAAUCUGCGAAGCUGCUGGGCCCAGGCUGUGGCCCAAUGGCCGGAGGCAAGAAGCACCUGGACUUCUAGGGAUUCCUCCCUAGUCUCUGCCUGAAGAAGCCUAUGACACUCUAAUUAUGAUUGCUAAUAGCUUAUGUAAAUAUUUUUCUUAACGAGUUGACCCUCCAAUCUUUGAAAAACACAGUCAAGAUUGCAAAAUGGAGCUGUCGUUCUUCAUUUUUAACCAACUUUUUGUAUAGAAAUCAUAUAGCCGAAAUGAUAUUAUUUUGACAUCUAUCUUUUGUUGUGUUUAGAAAAAUAACUGCAUUUUAAAUAAAAAAGCAACAAAAAUUAAUGUGCCUUACACCGGUCAUUUGGUGAACUAAAAGCACAGUAAUGGAUAUGUUAUAGGAGGUAACAUAUGAAACAUGAAAUCCAAGUGGGGUGUGAAUACCUUCCUCUAUAUCCCUGAAAAAGUCACCAAAAACUGCUAAGCAACCAAGGCUUGUUUAAAAAAAAAUUAAAAUUUUGUUUCCUACCACAUGAAAUAAAUUUGUAUUUAUGUAUCCUGUUAUCAAGGUGGUAAAGACAAAAUAAUAUUUUUGAAUUUAAUAUGAAAAAUGGUCCACCAUAAUAGUUAAUGAAGAACUCUGAGUGAUGGAAGCGUGAAUGAUCUUCUGUUUAGUAAUCCGAAACAACUGAAGUCAGCACUAUGAAAUUAUGUCACAGGCAUAAUUCAGGAUUGAAAUUCAAACUGACAGCUAUAUUAAUGCUAGAGUACCAAGGGAAACUGUGUUAAGGCUUAGUGAGAGGUUUUUAUGGAAUAUAGGUCGAAAUCAAAGUAGAAAAUGAAACUAACUCAGAUUUUAAUCGUGCUACGUAAACCCUUUGUUAACUAAGAACACUGGGUGCACAUGUAAAUUUCUAACCACAUAAACGUGUCUUAGAGCACAUAGGAUCAGGAACUAGUUUUCAUCUAAAACACUAGGUUUUAAAAUCACAAUUCUAAAAUCUCAGAGCUUUUGACAAUCGGUAAUGUGCAAGAUAAAGAGCAGCUUGCAUAUAUAAAUAAAGAUGUUCACAUCCAUUAGGAGAAAUUGAAUUUCUAAAAUAAAUUCUCAAAUAUAUUUGAAUAUUUUGAAGAAGUUAUAGAUAGCAUUUUUAGGGAAGCUUUCUUUUAUUAUACCACAAAGUAUACUGUUUCCUCUUGACAACAUUUUAGAAAACAAAGACGAGUUUUUUAAAACUGUCUAACCAAUAUGAUGAAUGUCAGUCACUUAAAAAAAAAGCACUGUAGCAUAAACACA